GACUGUUAAACAGUUUAUUUUUAUAUCUACAUAUAUACUUUAUAAAAUAUUUGUACUUAUAUAUAUAUACAAGUUCAGAUCAUACAACAAUGUGUAAAGCGUGUUGGGAAUGUAUAAAAUGUCCUGGAAAAGUUUUUUGUUGUUGCUGCGAAUGUGCGUGUAAUAUGUUAUUGGGAUUUAUAUGUUCUGGCUUAGUUCUUCUUAUCAUAAUUGGUUUAAUUGUUUACUUUACUGUUUUCUAUAACAAAAAUAAUGGAGGCGUGGAUGACGGAAGUAAAAUAGCUGAAAAACUUGUUCAACAAACACCACAAAAUUUUCGUGAUUAUUUCAAUAUGUCUUAAAGUCAGAAUGUUUUAAAAGACAACACAAGAUAUUGUUAAUCUUUAUAUAUAUAUAAGUAUAUAGGUAGACAAAUCUAUAGUCACAAAAUGGACAAAAAUGUUGUUAAAACUACUUAAAAAAAAAAAUAAAAUUCCCAUAUAGUUUA